GAAGUGGCGUAACCGGAAGACAAAUCGAAAGUUCUAUGGCGGCGUUUUCCAUUGUGACUUCGCUAGCUGCUGAUGCGAUAUCUAAGCGAAGAUUUUUGUUUUUCGUAGUGGUAUGUUUCGUAAAGAUGAUUUAUCCGCAUACAGUCUGUCAGCUAUAGCCAAAGUAUAUAUACAUUAAGCCAUAAUCGAAGAGAUGGAUGACACCCAGGAGAGCUCAGAGUCCGGCAGUUUUCUGUACAGUCCCUGUCUGGAGCCAGACACACCGGAUUCUCUGAAUAACGCCUGUCUGCUAAACGACACUGACCCCCUGUUUGAAGACCAAGGACACUUUCAGGAGUUUUCCUCCACUUUUGUUCCCGAGACCCCUAGCCCCCUGUUUCACAGAAGAAAACGUCAUUCCCAGAAAGAUAGCGACAGAAAUGUGGCAACAUCAUCCUGUUCAGAUGGAAGAAAAUGGGAAAGACAUGAACACAUUCCAGGUUACCUGAGCACCACUCCAAGCUCCCAGAGAACGAUGAAGCGGCGCAGGCUGGAGGACUCAAGUGCAAGCACGCUGCCUGGACACUCUACCGUUCCACCAGGAGCAAACGGAUUUGUAACUGCCUCGUCUCUUUUACCCCCUGAUUUUACAUGGUUGGAGUCUCCACGUCCAACAGCUUCCUCUACUUCUCAUGUUUCUGCAUCUUCCAAACCCUCAUCCUCAGCUGGGUCUUCCACGUCUGCACUGGACCAAAAUAGUGAUCCGGCAUAUUUAAAUGAGCUGCUAGUAAUGGGUCACCCCUCUAAGCAAAAAACACUAAACACCAGCAAUGGAAGGGAACAGAGGUCCAAAAAGACCAAAUCUAAAUCCUCUAAAAGUACAUCAGCACACUCUUCAUUACACACAAUAGAGCAUGAAGCUUCACUGCUGGAUGCAGCAAAGAGAAUGCAAGAACCAUCAAGUUCACUUGUAUGUCAGAUACCAGAAGAUAUUGUCAUCAUAGAGGAUGAUGCUGAUGAUGUCGCGGUGGUUCGCUCCGUUCAGAUGGCCGAGGAUGAAGCGUAUGCCAGAAGCCUUCAGGAACAGUUUGAUAUGGAGGAGCGAAUGGAGCAGCAGAGGCUACAGAGCAGAUCUCCAAGCAGAAACAACCACAACCACAUGGUUGAUCCAUAUGUUGGCUUGGGCUGGAUUUCUCCUUGGGCCUCAGUGAUCAACUCUGCAUCUUUCUCACACGCACCCUCUGAGCUUUCAGAGCUGCAGCAGGUCAUCUUUGGAGAGCAACCCCGCAGACAACAGGGCCGUGGUCAAACUGGAAGAACUCGCAAUUCCCGUCGCAGACAAGCAUCUCACUUGCAGAUGGACUUGUUUGAUGAUAGCCAGGGAAAUAAUUAUGAGGCUCUCUUAGCGUUCGAGGAGCAACAAGGUGCUGUAGUAGCCCAGAACACUCUGACAAAGGCAGAGAUCGAACGGCUGCCCAUAAAAACAUAUGAUCCCACACACAGCGCAGGAAAGACAGAUUGCCAGAUCUGUUUCAGUGAAUACAAAGCGGGUGAACGACUCAGGAUCCUUCCAUGUCUCCACGAUUAUCACAUCAAAUGCAUCGACCGCUGGCUGAAGGAGAACGCCACAUGUCCCAUCUGCAGAGCGGAUGUAUCAGAGUGUGGUGGUUUUUCUUGAGCGUACAACUUCAGGACUCAGUAUCUACCUCACAGCGGCUCAAGUUACACCAUUUGACUUUUAAACCGUCUCACUUUGAGUGUUAUUAAAUGCUUUUUAAAUGCAAAA